AUGGCCUCGCUAUACGUGUACUCCGUAUAUGCCCUUGGAGACGGUCUGUCACUGGAGAUGAAUGCGUAUGCGUAUAAACAACGAAAAUGGGAGGGCUUGGCGGGGCUGCCCGCCGUGCACAGCAUCUCCCGUCACUACAACGUCAACAUCAUCGAGCAGUCACUACUCCAGCAGGAAGAUUCCAUCAUGGACAAACUUAGAACAUUCUUCGACAAGCCCUUCUUCGACCCUCGCCACAAGACCAAGGUCCACAUCCUCCAGCUCGUCAUCAUGACCACCGCCAUCAUCCUCACCAUCGCGCGCAUGGCCAUGCCCGUCAUCACCACGCGAGCCAACAUGAUGGCCCUCACCAUGGGCAUCAAAUCCUUGAUCAUCAUCGGCUACCAGCUCCUCACCGGGCACAAGGAGCGCUUCAAGAAGUGGGCCUCACUUAAGGCCAACGCGAUCCUCAACACGAUGGAGAUUGUGUUCUGGUUCGUUGCGUUCGGGCUGUUGUUCUCGGCGAACACGACGUUCUGCACGGGGGCGAGUUGUGCGCUGAGUUGGAUUGUGACGCUGCUUUGCGCGGUCUUGAUCGUUCUCGCUUUCCAGACGUCGGUCGUGUCCAUUAAGGAGUUUCGGUAUUUCAAGAACUAUGGGGUUACGUACGAGACGAAUUAUCCAAAGGUUUAG